CGCAAGAGCGAGAGAGAGAAUAAUUGAUUGUCUUCCAGUCAGCAGUAACUUGUUACUGGUGGUCAAACGCUGCUGCUUUUGGUGCAUCACCGACCACCGGAUGGGUUCGGCUCGUGCCUUGUUGUGCGUCACCCUGGAAAAGUGGCUCGGAGACGUGGUGGGUCUGGACGUCAGAAGUGUCCAUGCAGCCUGCAGCUCAGCGGCCAACAUGCGGCUGGAGAGACACCUGUGAUCCGAGCUGCCGUCCUGUUAUCUCUCUUUGUACAACUUCACCGCAGCCUGGCAGCUUGUCCCCGCUUUGAAUCGCUCUUGUCUAAAUUGCCACAGUCAGGUGUGACCCGCCGAGCCGCCAUGAACUCCAAGGACGACUCGAAAUGCCCAGCAGUGCUGGAGGAGCGGAGGCGCAGUCCGCUGGAUCAGCUCCCGCCGCCGGCCAUCUCCAACAAGCCGCUGACACCUUUCAGCAUCGAGGACAUCCUCAACAAGCCGUCAGUGAAAAGGAGCUACUCCCUGAGCGGGGUGGAGCGCCACAUCUCUCCCUCGGCGGGUCACCGCCUGUCAGGCCGGGCGGUGCUCAGUCAAACCUCCCCGCUCUGCGCGCUCGAGGAGCUGGCCAGCAAAACCUUCAAGGGCCUGGAGGUCAGCGUCCUGCAGGCUGCCGAGGGCCGAGACGGUCUGACGCUCUUCGGCCAGAGGAACACACCUAAGAAGCGGCGGAAGUCCCGCACGGCGUUUACCAACCACCAGAUCUACGAGCUGGAGAAGCGCUUCCUGUACCAGAAGUACCUGAGCCCGGCGGACCGGGACCAGAUCGCCCAGCAGCUGGGUCUGACCAACGCGCAGGUCAUCACCUGGUUUCAGAACCGGCGGGCCAAGCUCAAGCGGGACCUGGAGGAGAUGAAAGCGGACGUGGAGUCCGCCAAGGCCUCGGGCUGUGUGGCCUUUGAGAAGCUCUCCAAGCUGGCCGAGCUAGAGAAGUGCGCUGCUGGAGGGAUGGUUUCAGCGCCAGGCCACACCGAGCCGAACCCGGUCUCUGCCAGGUCCCACCACGACACCACCGAGAACCUCGACUCCGGCAGACCGCACAGUUCGCCUCUUUCCCCCGCAUCGUCGUGGUGCACGGGCCGGCUGAGCAGCAAGUGCUGCUCGGAGGAGGAGGAUGAGGAGAUUGACGUGGAUGACUGAAGUUGCAUAUGUCCAUGGUCACCGAGACCACGGUGUGGAGUGCCAAAUAACGCGAUGUUUCUAGACAGAACACCUAGCUUUACAAGCACACGCAGCGAUGCGGUCAAACUAUCCAGAGACAACAGCCACAGCGCUUUGAUUUGACAGAAGCCACGGGCCCACUGCUUUCUGCUGAUGACCAGGCGCGCGCCCAGAAAACGCGUGACACAGGGCGUGACAGAGAGACAUUCAAAAGUAAAAACGCAAAAAAGCAAACAAGGUGCACACUCAAACACACACGAGCCGGCUGGAUAUUCUGGUCAAUCGCUAAAAUAUUUCACCGCAUGCUUUUAUUUUGAAAUGGUUGGGAAAGCUUCUACAAAUCGUUUUUUAAGCGUUCAGCUUUUUGAUAUGUCAAUUGUUCUGAAAUGAUAAUCACACACAGAAAAUCUAUGUAGCUAAUAGCUUGUA